AUAUUAGAAGGUUUCAAUAAUCCGAACCCAGAUAAAAUUAAUGAAGAUAGACAAAAAUUGAUGAAUGGGGUGUUUUUUGCAUCAAUAAUACCAACGUGUGAAGUGUGUAGUACAUUAAAAGUGUUCUUAGCUCAAGGAUUUGAAAAUAAUGUUGAAAUUGGCCAAAUGAUAUUUAUUGGACCUGGAUUGUACUUGAUCUUACCAUUUACGAUUCCAGCACUCAUAAUCCCAACUUCUACUGCUAACUUAGAACAUGCAUCUCGACUCAUUCGAACACUCUUAUGUUUAUGA